AGCAAAUAAUAAACACAUCAACUUCGCCGAUCUCCUCCACUUUACUUGACCAACUCUCCUACGCUUCUCUCCCACACGAAAUCUAGGGUUUCGGAUCGCACAAUUUCCGAUCUUUCUCGGCGUAGGAGAAUGGAAGGCGCGUUCGAUCACUCUGCUCUUGCUCGCGCUCGCCUCGCCGUCCUCUCCGGCCACCUCGCCGCCGUCUCCGCCGCGGGAGGUGGUGCUUCGCCGCUGGAGAGGUCCCCCGUCUCGGUGCAGGAGAUCCCGCCGCCUCCGAGAAACCUCGGAGGGUCGCUAGCGGUGAUCGAUGGGAGAUCCGGGAAGAAGUUCGAGUUUAAGAUAUCUGACGAAGGAACUGUUCGGGCUACGGAUUUUAAGAAGAUCACAACGGGCAAAAAUGACAAGGGACUCAAACUCUACGAUCCUGGAUAUCUUAACACUGCUCCAGUACGUUCAUCCAUCUGUUAUAUUGAUGGAGAUGAAGGGAUUCUUCGUUAUAGAGGCUACCCAAUUGAGGAGUUAGCGGAAAGCAGCUCUUAUCCGGAGGUGGCCUAUCUCUUGAUGUAUGGAAAUUUGCCUUCGAAGAGCCAGUUGGCGGACUGGGAGUUUGCAAUUUCUCAGCAUUCUGCAGUUCCUCAGGGAGUUUUGGAUAUCAUACAGGGGAUGCCUCAUGAUGCACAUCCAAUGGGUGUUCUUGUUUGUGCAAUGAGUGCACUUUCCGUCUUUCAUCCAGAUGCAAAUCCUGCUCUUAGAGGCCAAGAUCUAUACAAGUCGAAGCAAUUAAGAGAUAAGCAAAUUGUUCGGAUACUUGGAAAGGUACCAACAAUAGCAGCUGCAGCCUACUUGAGGUUGGCAGGAAGGCCUCCAGUUCUUCCUUCGAACAACUUCUCUUACUCAGAGAACUUCUUGUAUAUGUUGGACUCUUUGGGUAACAGGUCAUACAAACCGAAUACUCGACUAGCUAGAGUUCUUGAUAUCCUCUUCAUCCUCCACGCAGAACAUGAGAUGAACUGCUCUACAGCUGCAGCUAGGCAUCUUGCUUCAAGUGGUGUUGAUGUCUUUACUGCUCUUGCGGGAGCUGUCGGAGCCUUGUAUGGUCCACUUCAUGGAGGGGCGAAUGAGGCCGUCCUCAAAAUGCUGAACGAGAUAGGAACAGUUGAGAAUAUACCAGACUUCAUUGAAGGAGUGAAGAACAGGAAGCGGAAGAUGUCAGGUUUUGGUCAUCGCGUGUACAAAAACUAUGAUCCCCGUGCCAAAGUCAUCCGCAAAUUAGCAGAGGAAGUCUUCUCAAUCGUUGGACGAGAUCCUUUAAUUGAGGUAGCUAUUGCAUUGGAAAAAGCUGCACUAUCUGAUGAGUAUUUUAUUAAGAGGAAGCUUUAUCCCAAUGUGGACUUCUAUUCAGGCCUAAUUUACAGGGCAAUGGGCUUCCCUACAGAAUUCUUUCCUGUUCUGUUUGCCAUCCCUAGAAUGGCUGGAUACUUAGCUCAUUGGCGAGAAUCACUUGAUGAUCCUGAUACGAAGAUCAUGAGGCCACAACAGGUAUAUACUGGUGUAUGGCUCCGCCAUUACACGCCUCUCCAAGAGCGAACGGUAUCCAAUGAUGAGGACAAGCUUGGGCAGGUUGCUGUUUCAAAUGCUACAAGGCGGCGUCUGGCGGGUUCCCGUAUAUAGUUAUCUAGCUUUAGCUUAACAAAAUAAAUUCUCUUCCUUCUUACAUAUAUAAUCGAGGUCGACUAUGUGUUUAUCUGUAAUGAGACCUUUAGUGUUUUUGGUUUUGAGGAAGGCCAUAAUAUCUAAAAUAAAUUAAGCGACGAUGUUGUCAACCUGUAACUUUUACCCAAUAAUUGCUAUAUUGCUUAAAUAAGUGAAAAUCAAAGAUGCAAAUUUCUUUUUCGCCUC